GGCCGGGAAGCGGAAGUGGGCGGAGCUCCGGCUGACUGGGAAAUGUCAGCGGCUUGUCUGUGAACUGGUUUUCUGUACCCGAAGCCUAAAGGCCUUCGGGUGACGACCACCGCGGUCGCCUGCUACUGAGGGUCUCUGACUCUGGCGGGCUGUGGCAGUCGCAGAGCUUCCCAGUCCAUUCCAGACGUUGUCUGGCGAAAUCGAAAGGUUUAGAGAAAUCCAAUGACUCUCCAGUUUAUUUGGACUUUACCUGUGUCAUAACAAGGCAAAAGAAGAGAAAUAAAUGAUGCAGUAAACAGAAUACUGGACACACAAAGAUGUCUUUGUCCUAACGUCUGGAACCAAUAAAUAUGAUUAGAUUAUCCAGAUAUGGUGCAGAACUAUACAUGAAUAGCUUUGGCUGGAGAGUGGACAUUCAAUAAUGAGUGGCGCAGCUCUGGGACUUGAGAUUGUUUUUGUCUUUUUUCUGGCAUUGUUCCUGCUCCAUCGAUAUGGAGACUUUAAGAAACAGCAUAGGCUUGUGAUUGUCGGCACGCUGUUUGCUUGGUAUCUCUGCUUUCUUAUUGUCUUCAUUCUGCCUCUGGAUGUUAGUACGACAAUAUAUAACCGAUGCAGGCAUGCCGCUGACAAUUCAAGCCCUCCGGAGAGUAACAACAUUACGGGCGUGUAUGCAACCAUUACUCCAGCUCCAAGCAGACAGCAUCCAUGUUUCAAGCCAUGGAGUUAUAUUCCAGAUGGAAUCAUGCCAAUUUUCUGGAGGGUAGUUUAUUGGACAUCACAGUUUUUAACAUGGAUUCUCUUACCUUUUAUGCAGUCAUAUGCAAGGUCUGGAGGAUUUUCCAUCACUGGAAAGAUAAAAACAGCUCUGAUUGAGAAUGCAAUCUACUAUGGUACUUAUUUGCUAAUUUUUGGAGCAUUUCUAAUUUAUGUAGCUGUAAACCCACGUUUGCAUUUAGAAUGGAACCAACUUCAAACAAUUGGGAUAGCUGCUGCCAACACAUGGGGUCUUUUUCUUCUUGUGUUACUAUUGGGGUAUGGCUUGGUGGAAAUUCCUCGGUCAUAUUGGAAUGGAGCCAAAAGGGGUUAUCUGCUUAUGAAGACUUACUUUAAGGCAGCCAAACUGAUGACAGAGAAAGCAGAUGCAGAAGAGAAUUUGGAGGAUGUUAUGGAGGAGGUUCGUAAAGUAAAUGAAAGCAUUAAGUAUAACCAUCCAUUGAGAAAAUGUGUUGAUACAAUACUUAAAAAGUGCCCUACAGAGUAUCAGGAAAAAAUGGGUAGGAAUAUGGAUGAUUAUGAAGAUUUUGAUGAAAAGCGUAAUACUUACCCAAGUGAAAAAAGUCUCGUAAAAUUGCAUAAACAGGUGAUUUAUUCAGUUCAAAGGCACCGUCGAACUCAAGUACAAUGGCAAAUCCUCUUGGAACAGGCAUUCUAUCUAGAAGAUGUGGCAAAAAAUGAAACUAGUGCAACUCAUCAGUUUGUUCACACUUUUCAGUCACCAGAGCCAGAAAAUCGAUUUAUGCAAUAUUUUUAUAAUCCUACAGUUGAAUGGUACUGGGAAUGCCUUUUGCGGCCGUGGUUCUACAGGAUACUUGCUGUGGUUUUAUCCAUCUUCUCAGUGAUUGUUGUGUGGUCAGAGUGCACCUUCUUUAGCACAACUCCUGUCUUGUCCCUCUUUGCAGUCUUCAUACAGCUGGCAGAAAGAACAUACAAUUAUAUUUAUAUUGAGAUUGCUUGCUUCCUUUCCAUCUUUUUCCUAAGUAUCUGUGUUUACUCUACUGUAUUCAGAAUUCGUGUGUUUAAUUAUUACUACUUGGCUUCACACCAUCAGACUGAUGCUUACAGCCUUCUCUUCAGCGGCAUGUUAUUUUGCCGUUUGACUCCACCUUUAUGUCUUAAUUUCUUGGGUUUGACCCAUAUGGAUUCAUCCAUCUCUCACCAGAAUACUCAGCCAACUGCUUAUACAUCUAUUAUGGGUUCCAUGAAAGUGUUAUCCUUUAUUGCAGAUGGAUUCUAUAUAUAUUAUCCUAUGUUGGUGGUAAUUCUCUGCAUUGCUACUUAUUUUAGUUUGGGAACCCGUUGUUUGAAUCUGCUUGGUUUCCAGCAGUUCAUGGGAGAUAAUGAUAUGACAUCAGACUUAGUUGAUGAAGGAAAAGAAUUAAUCAGACGAGAGAAAAGGAAACGGCAAAGGCAAGAAGAAGGUGAAAAUCGAAGAAGAGAAUGGAAAGAACGUUAUGGACACAACAGAGAAGAUUCUACUAGGAACAGAAAUGUUCAUCCUGAUCCCAAAGAGUCAAAUUUCUCAGAUACCAAUACAAAUUGGUCAUCCAAAUAUACCAGGGCUAACAACAGAACUGAAAGGGACCGAAUAGAACUUCUCCAAGAUGCAGAGCCUUUGGAUUUUAAUGCAGAAACAUUUACUGAUGAUCCUCUUGAAUCUGAAUCAGGAAGGUAUCAACCUGGUGGACGAUAUCUCUCCAUGUCUUCCAGCAUAAUAUUUGAAGAUAUCUAAAGUCUGUAGAAAUUUAUGGAUCUAGUAAUCAAGGUCAACACAUCAGUUCAGCCUUUAUGAGCAGCUUCAUGCCCUAGAAUUCUCUAUACUCACCAUGAAAAGUGUUAGGAUAACAGAAAAGGCAGUGAGAAUUAAUCACGUCUUAAUAAUAAUAGGUUAUUGUUCAUUUACUAGAACAUCAUGUUUUCUAGUAGGAUUCAUUACAUCCCAUCUUCAGUGUUUGCCUUAGAAGUGUAGAUACAGUGGAAGGAUUGGAUUAAUGAUAAAGAUUGGUAUAUGUUAAGAACAUGUAACUCAGUUGGUUUCAGAUUAAUUUUUUUUUCAGGAAAGGUAUUUUAAGGUCCAAAGAAACCAUAAGUCAUAUUAAAUGGCAUAGUUUUAUUAUUGUGAUUUAUAUUCUUGCUAUUUCAAAAAAGGUUUUUUCAACAUGUAUUUCCCAAAGAAAUGAAAGUGAAUUGAGAUCUGAGAUAAUAACCAUAUCACAAAACUCAUGUCUUAAAACAAUGCUAACUUAUCAGACCUAACUGAAUGUAAAAAGCUCUUAUUAAGAUCUGUAUACAAAUUGGUGGGGUUUUUGCAUGUGUAAUUAAGAUUAUACUUCAAUUGAUAUCUUUAGCAUGUGAACUCUAAUCGGGUGAUGUAUUAUUCUUUGCAGUCUUUGUAGUAACUGGAUCUUUUUAUGGUUUUGGUAAUAUUACUUUGUAAAAUAUUUUCAUUUUAGAGAAAAAAAUUCACCUUUACAUUUGGCAUAUUGACAAUAUUGAUCAUUCAAUUCAAGAAGAAAUCCUAAAUAUUAAUGGUGAAUACUUUUUAAUAGCCAAAGCAAUCUCAAAAUUCUCUAAUAUCUAAAAGAUGCUUAAUACUUUCUGAAAAGAAAACAUGGCUAUUCAAAGGUAAAAAGAAAAAUAAAUUCAUUCACUAUUAUUGCUAGCGCUUAAAUUAUGGCUUAGAAAAAAAUAGAAAAAUACAUUAGAAUAGAAAUGUGUAGAAACAGCUUGUUUGUUAAACAUGCUUAUUAUUUUAAAUUGGUUGUUUUAAGCUAUGUAUUUAAGCCAAAGUUGUGUAUUAUGUUUUAAAGGACCAGUGUUUUAUUACACCGUGAGUGUGGUUGAGCACGACAUGCUUGCAGGGAGUUUUUUGUGGCCCUGAAAUAUUUCUAACUCUUACAGAAUCCAUGCUGCCUGGAUAACUUACUCUUGAACUUGUCUAACACCUAUUAUCCUUGCAAUUAUUAGUAGUCCUCACUCUCAGUCUCUCUUGUAUCUCCAUUUGUAGGAGAAUUUUAUGGUCAUCCUAACAGUAUGAUUAUGUUUUUGAAGAUAAUCCUUCUCUGAGUCAUAAAUUUAAAUCUUUUAUUUUGUUCUUUAACAAGUCUCAUUAUGUAAAAAUUUGAGGACAUAGCUCUGUGCAGGUACUGAAAAGAUAGCGCACAUCCUAAUUAUCUUUUUUUUUAUGGUUGCAUUUCUUAUGACCUUUGAAAUUAAAUCCCCUUAAAAUAAUCAUCAGUAGGUAGAUUCACUCUGAAUUGAUGGUUGAAUAGCCUGCUCAUUUGAGGAAACAUAACACAUAACUUUUUAUGUGACAUGCAAUCAGAGACUAGUUGGCAAGGAACAGUGAUGCUAUUUUAGUGAUUGACUCCUUAAAUACAUCAGGCAGAUCAUGUAACCUUUUAGUGCCUCAGUUUCUUCAUUUUCAGAUUGAAGAAAGUAUUUGCUAUUUACCUACUGAUUUUCCUCACAAGACUAUUAUGAGGGAGUAAGAUGAUGAUUAUGGACUGAAGUUUAGAAAGACAAUGAAAAUUGUUAGCUGUGCUGUUGUUUUCUCUGGUAGUACCUGGGAGUGGUGGGUAGGGAAGAUGAUCACCACAGAAGGGGUUUAAUUUUGAGAAGCAUACAAGUCCUCAAUGCAAAAACUCUUUUGACUAAUUCAUUCAUAGACCUAUUAAAUAGUGUUUCAUCAUUUAGCAUAUGAGUUCACUUUGGAAUAUUUUUAAGUAUAAUUUUUUGUUAGAUUUUCUCUUUAAUACUCAGAUGCUAUUAUAGGAGUAAAGGCAUAAAAAGGCAAGUACCUGACUUUAUAACUAACUUUUGCAGUGCCCUAAGAUAAAUUUGAUUGGACUAUAUAGAGGAAUGUUAGUACUUUCUCUCCCUUAUUACUAAAUUUUAUGAUUACAUUAAUUGAAGCAUAUAUAUCUAUGCAUACACUUCACAGAUCUGUUUAUGACUUCCGAGUUGUUUCCAUAACAAAUUUUGGUUGUUUCAAUGAUCCAGGGUAUUCAUACUUUAAAACAGAGUUUAUCUUACAGGAUCUUAUAAGCAACCAUGUAGUAAAGUUAUCUGGCUGAGUAAAUUUGAGUUUUAAAAGGUAAUAAUCAUUUAAUCUGGAAGACUGAGUUUAUUUAAUGGGAUAUGAGUUAAUAUUAAUUAAGCCACUCUGUGUAAAACACCAAUAGUCUGCACAAUUUUUUUUUCUGUUUUGGGACACUUAACAUGCAGCAACAUCUAGUGCAAAAUAGUCCUAUAAAUUCCAUGUGCUUUACAUGCAACAUGCGCUUCUUUCUCUCUUUUUGAGAGUCUCCCUGCCAUGCAGGCUGACGUACAACUCACUUUGUAGACUAGACUGGCCUCAAUCUCACAGAGAUCCUCCUGCCUCUGCUUCCAGAGUUCUGGGAUUAAAGGCAUGCACCACCACGCCCGGUGCAACAUGCAUUUCUUAGAUUUGUUUAUGGCACACUCUGAUGUCUUACAUGAUAACAAUUAUAUUUAGAGUUGUCUAAAGUUUUGUUUUUGUUUUUUUGAGAUAGGGCCUCAUAUAGCCCUGGCUGGCUUCAAACUUACUAUAUAGCUGAGGAUGACCUUGAACUCCUGAUCCUUCUUGCCUUUACCUCAUGAGUGCUGGGAUUACAGGUAUAUGCUGCAGCACCCAGAUAAAUUAGUUUUCAAAUAAUUGUUAGGCAAGAAUAUACAGCAAAUUAAUAACAGACGUUAUAGAAAAAAAGAUAAAUUUCAUGAGUCACCUAUAUAUUGCUAAUUUAUUUUUUUAAGCUGCAUAACCUUUUUAUUAAUAGAGCACUUUUGUUGAAUUCUUAAAAUAAGAAACAACAUACCAAUCUAAUUAUCAAAAUUGGCUUUUAACCACAUGAAUACAAGGGCUUUAGAAUAAUUUCAUCACACAAGAGGUCCUCAUUUCACAAAAUUGCUAAGAGCUAAAUAAAAACAUUAAAAAUUUCCCUUAGGCCUUUAAUCCCAACACUUAGGAGGCAGAAGCAGGCAAUGUGAGGUGGAGGCCAACCUGGUUUCCAUAGCAAGUUCCAGGACAGCUGGGGCUACUGGGAGACCCUGUCUCAUAAAACAAACAAAAAGUUUCCCUUAAUAAAAACAGAUCAAAGACUCAAUAGUCUAAACAUUUAAAAAGAAGUAUUGCCAACUGAUUUGUUUGGGGGCUCUACAAUUUGUUUAAAUUGUCAUUUCUACAAUAUAAGGAUAAUAUAUAACCAAAUUAAAUGUGGAUAGAAAAGUCACUGUGUGGUUUUGUUCGUUUGUCUGUUUGUUUUGUUGUUGUUUUUCGUUCUUUUUUUGAGACAGGGUCUCCCUGUAGCCCCAGCUGGCCUGGAAUUCGCUAUGCAGACCAGGCUGGCCUUAAACUCACAGAGAGUCACCUGCCUCUGUUUUCCAAGUGUUGGGAUUAAAGGCUUGUGCCACCACACCCAGCCACUGUGUGAUUUUUAAAGUGUACUUCAGCUUGUUAAUGAACAGAUUUCAUUUAUGUACAUUUACAAACCUCAUUUUUAUACCUUUAGUAGGUCCAAGGAAUGUUCUUAAUGGUAUUUUGAUUACCAUAUUAAAGGGAAAAUGAACUCUAUUAUUAUAGCUUAUACUGUAAGUGAGAUUUGUACUUAGGAUUUGAAUGGUCCGUGCCUGAAAAUCACACGGAUGUACGUUUAUAUGUACUAAGCGACAAAAACAUGUCCCUGAGAAAUCUUCACAUACUUGAAUCUUCAAAGUCUAAUGAACUGUAUUUUAAAUACUAAUAAGUAAGUGGAUUUAGGGUUUUGUCUUUUUUGUCUCCCGUUCCUUCCCUCCUGCUCUUCUUCCCAUCCUCCUCUUAUCAUGUAAUUUUCAGUAUGUUGACAGAUUUUUCUCUUCUAUUUGUUUUAUAUCCGCAGUUGUUUUUAAUGAGCAGUGCACUCAAAGGAACUACUUCUGAUUACAAAUCCCACUACUUGAAAUAGCAGUAUUGUUCCUAACAUAGUAACACAGAUUUUGCUAGACAGCUAAGCAAUUUCUAAAUGUAAAUGUGAAGUGCGCUUGCUCAUUGUGUUUUCUUUUAGAUCACUAAGGAGGGCACUGCAGUAAAAAUUAUUUUCACCGUAAAAUUUUUGUGUAAAAAUUAUUUAAAACCCCAAAACAUUAAGAACCAUGAGACAUUUUAUCAUAAAAAGAAAUUAACAAAUAAUAUACAUCGUUAAAAUUUUCCUUGGGAAAGAAUGAACAAUUAAAUAAAGAGGGUUAUAGGAGACUUUGUAAAAUAUGAAUUCCUUUAGGUAGAGUGCUUCUAAAUCAGUGACUUUCUCUGCCCAGAAACUUGGCAGAUUAUCACCAUUGCCAGCUCCUGACACCAGGCACUAUGAGCCACCUGUCUAGUGGGGCAGGUACUGUUCUUCCUCUGCCAAGGGAGCGUGCUCUUACCUCUGAACCUUUCCAUAUUUGCCAGGUGGAACUAAAAUUUUAUUUCCAUUUUCAAAGGGUUAGUCAUUGAGAUCAGAUGAGGUCUUGUUAUAAUUUUUAAAUUUCUUAAUACACAUUUGACAUAAUUCUCUCCUCAUUGCUAUCCUAAAGAUACUUGUUUCUUAUAUACUCCUUGGAGAAAAUUAACUGCCCCCCCCAAACCUUUUUUUUUGUGGUUAUCUUGGUUACAAAUCAUUUUGUAAAAGGAGAAUUUUUACUGUACUUGGUGCAAAACAGUAGGGAGAGUGGUUUACUGUGGCAGACAAAUGUAGGGUAAACUUGCAGCUGAUAAAACUGCACAACAUUGCUUAGAGCUGGUAUUACUUGCAUAAAUAAUAUCACUUACCCACUUAGAAUUGUAUUUAUGAAAAGGAUACUUGCUAGCAUCUUCCCUACCAAAUUUUAGGGGAGAGACUGUAUUAUUUAUUUAUUUUUUAGGUAAUCCAAUGGAUUUGUUUUUGUCUGUAUUUUGGAAACAACUUGAAGGAUAUUUCUCAUUUUAGAAGAUAGAGAAUAUGUAGACCUAUCUUUUAAAUUACUGUAACCUAAUAUAUUUGUUUGUAUAAAUUAUAGCAUUGAAAAGUACGAAACUCUAAUUAUUGAUGUUUUUCCUGGUAUUUAAUUUUUUGUAAAUGUUUUUGUAGGUAACUAAUUGUAGUAUUGCUUUUAAGUAGUUUUAAAAUCAUCUUCAAAUAAGUUCUGACCUAACCUGUUGCCUUAGGAUAAAAUUCAGUACUCUCCUGUGAAUUUCAAAUACACCUGUAUCUCCUGAGUUUCUUUUCAUAUAUGCCAGUACUCAAGAAAAGUAUGCCAUCAGCCUAAUUUUUGCAUUUCAUUAACAAUGAUCUUGUUAUUUUACCUUUGUAUAAUUCAAUUGACUAGAUGAAAUAGAAGAUAAAUAUUUCCAAAUGUGUAUCCAAUCAUAAUUUUUCAAAAUAUUAACUGUUUUCAUUUUGUUGUGCAUGAUGCCCGUUUACCUUUAAUCAGCCUUUAUUAUUGGUUGUAUAAUAACAAAUGUUCCUACCUGGCCAGCUGGUUGUAAGUUCAACUGUUUUUUUUUCUACCAUGGAGUCUCACUACAUUUUCAAAUAUAUAUUGGGAAGAAGUUACAAAGUGCUACUAAUAAUUAACUUAGCAUCUGCAGCCUUAUCUAUGCACAGUGUUCCCUCAGUUUGAUUUUGACAAAUUCAUUGACUUGUGAUUCCUUUGUAGUGUUGUAGCUUAUUGUGAUGUAAUGAAUUUUUUGAAAUGUUUAUACGAUUCAUUAUUAAAAUAUAGAAACUUAAGGAGCUUGGCAUGAAAUAAAGUACAUUUCUAUGAACUACAAA